CGACGACGACGACUCAUAUGACGUAUUUUUUAAUGAUACAGAAGGAGGGUGGUUUGAGUUUGGCAGCAAAGAGGUAGCUUUUGUAACCAUGCUUAGAACGAACCUAAUUACCAGAAAAGAUCGAAGUGACUGUUGCCGUCAGUACGUUAGGCGAGAGAAGUCGAUGUGUUAUUGACUUCUUCACAGUAAACUUGGUACGUUAGCUAGCGUAAGCUAGCUGUUGUUGGUUGCCCGUGGUCUGUUUGACUGCAGGCUAUCUAUAACUUUUUUCCGAUUAAAUGUUAACCCAGUGUACCACAGAAUUGGUGUUUUCCGUCGCCGUAGCCUAAGUAGACCUUAUGAAAAUGGCAAGUGUCCAUGAAAGUUUGUAUUUCAACCCUAUGAUGACGAACGGAGUGGUCCAUGCUAACGUGUUUGGCAUCAAAGACUGGGUGACUCCGUAUAAAAUAUCCGUCCUGGCGCUGCUCUAUGAGAUGACCGCGUCCAAAAUCACACUGCCAGAAAGAAGACGACUUAACAAGCUAAUUCUACCCUUGCAGCAGGGUCCAGACUUGACUCUUGGCCAGUUCCUGUCGAAAGUGGAGGCGUGUUGCCCUCAGACCGCAUAUGCUGUCAAUCUCAGGCUGCAUGAAAUGGCUGAUGGAGAGCUAAAAGACAUGGAAUACUUCUUUUCCACUCUUCCCACUCCGUUCACUGCUUUUGAUUCUGAGACUUAUAAAACCAGUGUUGUGGGGCUUUUUAUGAGGCACAUGCUCCUGGCCUACAAUAAGCUGUCCUUCAGUCAGGUCUACAAGCUGUACAAGUCUCUGCAGCACUACUAUCACAGUCACUAUGCCAAGCCUACCGAUGGACAGGUGGGUUUGCCCGUGCUGGUCGCUGAUGACUCUGACAUGGACCUCACCAGCACUGAGGAUACUGUAGGAGAGAGAACAGACAAAGAGGAGUUGUACACCCCACUGCAUGAGUCAGAACUUCGAAGUGAUAACACACCAAGCAGCGGUCCCUUGUCACAAAAACAAGCAGAGUACUUUCUUGCAAGACAGGCAUAUCUUCUGAAGAAUGAUGAGAACAAAGCUCUGAAUCCCGCCGCGCUACAGGAAGAACUCAACAACAUGUUGAAGUUUAACCCAGAUUUUGCUGAGGCGCAUUAUCUAAACUAUUUGAACAGCAUGAGAGUCCAGGACAUCUUCCUCUCUUCCCACAGUCUCUUACAUUAUUUUGACCGCCUCAUCCUGUCUGGAAACGGUGGGGAUGAAGGCUAUGGUCGAAGUCUCCGCUAUGCUGCUCUUAACUUAGCAAGCCUGCAUUGCCGCUUCGGCCACUAUCAGCAGGCUGACCUCGCUCUACAGGAGGCUAUCCGCAUUGCUCAGGAGUCCAAUGAUCAUGUGUGUUUGCAGCACUGCCUGAGUUGGCUCUACACACUGGAACAGAUGAAGGGAUCUGACAGCACUGUGUUAACUGAGGAUUCAGUGAAAAUGGCUGCCCACUUCUGCCUGCCAUACUUGGCAUCUCUGGGCAUUCAGUCUCUGGUCCAGCAGGGGGCGACACAGGGUAAGACAGCCCACAAGCUAAUGGAUGCUCUGAAGAACACAGAAAGCCUGCACUGGAAGCACAGUCUAUCAGAACUGAUCGAGAUCAGCCUGGCUCAGACUACGUCCAUAUGGAGGAUGUAUGGCAAGAGCACCAUGGCUCUGCAACAGGCCCAGCUGCUUCUCAACCUGAGCAGUCUGGAGCCAGUCAACUUUGGGGUCCAACAAAACAACACAGAGGCCUUCGCUGUGGCUCUUUGCCACCUGGCUGAGCUGCACGCUGAGCAGGGUUUGUAUGGUGCAGUUGCAGAGAUCCUCCAGCAUCUGAAAGGACAGUUUCCUCCUCACACACAGCAUGCCAGGCUCUGGAUGCUGUGUGAUCUGAAAGUCCAGUUUGAACGACACAUGAACGAAGGAAAAUGCCAUUUGGCAGAGCCACUGGUCACAGCCAUCUCUGCCUUAAACAAAACUGAAGGUCUCUUCAGGAAAGCUCAAGUUCUGAAGGCUCUCAACCGGAGCACUGAGGCGUAUAGCAUCUUACAGCGGCUACAAGUUCACUGUGAGAAGACUAAAUGUACAGAGAUGGUCAUCAGAGUGAUGCUCUCCACUGCUGAGCUCCACUGGGAGUCAUCUGGCUUCUCCACAGCUCUCCCUCUCCUCCUGCAGGCCUUGGCACUGGCCAGACAGCACCACCUACAGUCCCUGGCCUCAGAAACCAUCCUUCAUCUGGCCUUUACUCAGCUGAUGCUGGGGGUUCCUGAACAGGCACUGAGUGUCCUGCACGAAGCCAUUGAGCCUAUUCUCGCCCACGGAGCAGUCAUGGACAAAGGUCGUGCCCUGCUGCUGGCAGCCCGCUGUCAGAUGGCAGUGGCUGGGUUCAGGCCAAAUGGACAAGGGCAAGCAGAUUUUAACUUGGCUGUUUUGGCUGUCGAAUCCCUAAAAGAGGCUGCGGCCUAUUUCUCCAAGCUGAACUGUAAGGAGCGGCUGCGGGAUGUCCACUACCUGCAGGCUCAGCUGCACUAUUCUCUAGGACAAACCUCACAGUGCAAGAGAAGUGCCAUGCUUUUCCGGCUGCUGGACCAGGAGCUGCAGUCACCAGCACCACCAUUCUCCAUGCGACUCUAGCUGCUCCAUGUAUGUCUACAAAGUCUAGAUGUUUUUUUCUGAAAAUUACACACCACUGUUACAAACUGUUCAAUUGAGUUAAUGCAGCUCACCACUAGAUGGUGAUGAAGCUCUGUCCUGCUCUCUCUCAGCACUAAAGCAUUGCCUUUAUAAAUAAUUAGGAUCAGAUGUAAUUGGAACUCUUUGCAUGCAGUGCCAGGGAAAAACUUGAACAGCACAAUGUCAGCAGUCAUAAACAAGACUGAGUUUCCAGCAAGUCAACGGUGCAUCCAUGGUCUCUUCACUCAUGGUUAAGUGCAGAUUUGAAUGAUUGCCUGUUAAUAAAUAAAGGAUUUGGUUUAAUAACUUGGGAAACAGUCCAGGUUUGCCUGAUAGACAUAGAUGCCAGCUGCCGGUGUGGUAGAAAUGACAAAAAUCUAUCAGGUGCUAUCAUGGCCAUGCUGCUUUUUGAUGAAUAAGGGUAAUGUAACAGAAGCUUAAUGUGUUUCAGUGGCCUGGAUGGUUCACACUUCACCAGGAGAAUACUGAUGAAGCUGAAAUCCAGGGGAGGAAAUUGUGAUUACAUUUAUUUUGUAACAUAUUCACAUUGACUAUAUACUCUGUACUACUUAGGUAUGACAUCAUUUGUGAUAACCAUUUUGGCUGACAUUACAUUUAUGUGUUUGGAAGGGUCUCUGUUACUUAAAAUUACUUCUUUCAGGACAAUGCAUGAUUUGUUUAAUAUUUAAUUUUCAGGUAAUCUGACACAAGUACAAGAAUAACUAAAGAAAAUAUCUGCAGAGGGAAUAUUACGGUACUAAUCUAGAUUAUGAUAACUCUGCCCACUCCUUGAAAGUUCCUUUUGAAUGACUAUGUGUGUGUGGGGGGUUUCAUGUCCCUUACCCCAUAAAUGGAAAACAUUUGUGCACAGUAAAGGCAGGCCUGCUCUUUAUGUAAAUAUUGGUAAGUCAGGUGAUCCACCUUGCUCUCACAAGUGAGGGCUUUUGACCGUUGCUUGUUGGGAUGUGUCGUCGAGCCAUAUGGUACCUGUUUGGUCUGAUUACAGCAGGGGUGGCCAAUUCCAGUCCUCGAGGGCCGCUGACAUUUUGGCAAACAAUCUGAAGUGUCCUUUCAGUUUACCUGCUCUCAGGUCUAGUUUUACACUGAUGUUGUAAUUUGUUUUUCACCACUUUGACAUGAAAACAAACUGUCCUGUUUUAGACUUUUUCCUUUGUAACAAAAUGAAAAUACUACAUGGACAACUUACAGUCACUCAUUCUUGCCUGUAAGAGCAUUAGCAUUAUUAUUAUUAUUAUUAAUAUGUU